AUGCCUCUCCUCCCAAGAGUCAACUCGGCCGCGGCCAACAGGUCCCAGACCAAGAAGCAAAAGUUCAAGACGUUUAUGCGACAAUGGUUUCUUGUCAACUGGCGCGAUUUACUCACCAUGGCCGUAGUUGGAGCCGUUGCUUUUGGUAUCUAUCAUUCUCCGGUAAUCAUCACUCGAACAUUUCCCGUUACCUUUAAUGCGACCUCGGGAGAUAUUGUCUACCCGCAAUGGGCCUACCCUGAUCGCGGUUGGAUUCUACCCUCGUGGCUAUCAGGUCUGAUAUCCAUCGCUAUACCUAUCAUCACCUAUAUCCUCGCCCAAUUCCGGAUCAAGUCGGCAUGGGAUGCGAGCAAUGCCAUCAUUGGAACGAACUGUGCGAGUGCCCCUGCUAUCAACUCCGAGUCUACGCUUCGAAGUGGCGCUGAGGAGAUAGAGAGCCUGGAUGCGAACACUAGAAGGAAGCGAACCAGACCGGUUGGAGAUGAGGCUGUUUAA